AUGAAGUCAUCGGUCAUCUCGUCUACGCUGGCACUCGCGGCCGCUGGUGUUGUUGACGCCGCAGCCAUACCCGACGUGUCGAGCACCCUGCAGAAUAUUCUGCAGAAUACGCAUGGCAGCGACUUGUACACGUAUCCCACUGACCUGACCCGUGGUAUCAUUCCCGUAAGACAUCACGUUUACUUUGGUGGAGAAUUGGCCCACGCUGAUGACGAUGAAUCCAAUCAGAAACCGUUCCACAGCCAUAACGACUACUGGAGGGAUGUGCCUUUCUACUCCGGGCUGUCGUACGGAGCAGUCUCCACAGAGGCGGAUGUAUGGUUGAUCAAUGGAACGCUUUACGUCGGCCACGAAGAAAGCGCCCUAACCCACGUCCGCACCCUCGACGCGCUCUACAUCUCGCCCAUCCUCGACACGCUCAAGCGCCAAAACCCCACGACGCCCUUCGCCCCGCCCAACACCAAAAACGGCGUCUUCGACACGUCCUCGGGCCAAACCCUCUACCUCUGGAUCGACCUCAAGACCUCGGCCGACACGACCUUCCCGGCCGCCCACGCCGCCCUCGAGCCCCUGCGCCAAGCCGGCUACCUAACGACCUACUUCCCGUCCAACUCUUCCCUCGUCCCCGGCGCCGUCACCGUCAUCGGCACCGGCAACACGCGGCUGUCCGACGUCCUCGACCAGAACGGCGCGGACGUCCGCGACUUCUUCCUCGACGCGCCGCUCGCGGGAGACAUGCCGGACGAGAUCACCGGCCCCGAGGUGUCUCCCGUCGCGUCGACGGAUUUCGCGGCCGUGUUUGGGGAGGUCAAGGGUGCGGCUGUGCCCGCGCUGAAUGAGACGCAGCUGGAGACGCUAAGGAAGCAGGUGGGUGCGGUCCAUGCGAAGGGCAUUGCGGCGAGGUACUGGGACACGCCGGGGUAUCCCGUCGGCACGCGCAAUGCUGUUUGGCGCACGCUGCUGGAUGAGGGGGUGGACCUGCUGAAUGUGGAUGAUUUGGAGGGUGCGGCGGGGUUUUGGGAGAUGGAGUAG